AUGCAGCAGCAGCAGCAGCAGCAGCAGCAGCAGCAGCAGAGGAAGCAGUGGCAGCAACGUCACCGACAGCAGCAGCAGCAGCAAACGCAGCAGCAGCAGCAGCAGCAGCAACAGCAGCAACAGCAGCAACAGCAGCAGCAGCAGCAGCAGCAAUAUAGAGAAGCCUCAAGAGUGAAGAUCGCCUGCCCCCAGCAGCAACAGCAGCAACAGCAGCAGCAGCAGCAGCGCCACUACCACCAGCACCCGCGACAACACAGUGGAGGGCCCCGCAUCAAAGCAGCAGCAGCACCUGCUGCUGCUGCUGUUGCUGCUGCUGCUGCUAGCAGCAGCAGCAGCAGAGGCUCUCUUUACAAGUCCUCCUCUCGCCGCCGACGCAGCAGCAGCAGCAGCAGCAGCAGCAGCAGCAGCAGCAGCAAGGAGAGGCCUCUGAAAGCAGGCAGCAGCAAAAGGGGAGGCCCCAGGGCCUCUAAGAGAGGGGGGGCCCCCGCAACCCCGUCGCCGGCAAAAUCGGGGGGCCCCCUCGGUGAAGGAGGAUCAGAGGUGUUGGGGGUGCCGCUGAAGGCGACCCCCACGGAGGUGUCUCAGCAGACACUGCAGGUCGAGUCUUCUCUCUUCUCCCGCAGCAGCAGCAGCAGCAGCAGCAGCAGCAGCAGCAGCAGCAGUAUGGCUCUCGAGGCUCUGCCAACGCCGAGGCCAACUCAGGGGCCCCCGGGGGGCCCCCGUCCCCGCCAGCCUGCUGCAGAUACACCCCGCGGUGGUUUGCUGCAGGGGGGCCCCCCCAAGGGGGCCCCCCAGGAACACCUUGGGGGGGGUCUGGGGGGCCCCCCGACCGCCUCAAAGAACCCACGCAGCAUGGGGGCCUCCCGCGGUGCUGCCCCUUGUCGUCGCUGCGGUGUAUGCACACAGGGGGGCCCCCCCACGGCUGCAGUGAGGGGCCCCCAGCAGCAGCAGCAGCAGCAGCAGCAGCAGCAGGAGAUGGAGAACAUAGACAGACAGCAUGCGGAACAGAUAAACACCUGCAGCAGCAGCAGCAACAGCAACAGCAGCAGCAGCAGCAGCAGCAGCGGGAGUCGUCAGCAAGGCCCCACUUAG